GGUACUUCAAAAUGGUCGUGGAAGUCGUUAUUGCGAAGAAAACGGGAGAAAACUACUACUACUACUACUACUACUACUGCUACUACUGCUGCCCCGCCACUGCCACUGCCUCCCCCCUCCCCCUCCUCUGUCCGGUCUGCCGCCUCCAGCAGACCGCGGUUACGAGCAGGGAAGAUCAAAAAGGGAAGAGCGCCCCCCACCUCCACCACCGCCACCACCACCACCACCACCACCUCCCUGACACGCCCCCGUAAUAAGGACAACAGGAGCCGGCCCAGCCAAUCACAGCGCUUCUCGACCCUCCAGCAGCCAAUCAGGAGUCGCCGUUCGGGUGGUGAUGGUGGUGGUAGCCGUAGAGAGAGCGAAUCGUCUGUUUCCCCGCCAAGAGUCACGAAGGUGAAGACGUACCAGAAGGCGAGAUAUUUUGGUGACACAGAUGUGGACGACCCCGCUACGACCACAACUACCACAAUUCCACCACAAUCGCCGCCUACCACUACUACCACCACUACCAACAUUAUGCCCUCCCACCCCGGCGACUAUCGGAGCCUGCCCAGUCGUGUGGCGGCCAAGAAUAGUCGUGGUGGUCGUGGCAGAAGACUAUCUCGUGGUCGUAGUAGUAGUAGGAAUAGUAGCGAAUCUGAGAACGAUAGUAGGGCGAGUCGUGUGUCUACGGGCUCCAAUAGGUCGGUGUACCUCCACGCCACGGCAGUCGCGGACAUCCCAGUGAAGAGAAUGGAUAGUAAUAGUCGCGAUAGUAGACAGACAGACAGACAGACGGACAGACAGGCGGACAGACAGACAGACAGACAGCGGAGGAAAGUCACGCGAUCCUUCUCUCUCCUCGCUCCGUGGAAACCCAGACACUACAGGGAGAAGUACGAGAUGGACUAUGACAGCAAGACAGCUUUACCGCCACGCCCACCCCGCCGCCCACCACCUACUACUACUACUACUACUACUACACCUGCUACUACUACUACUACUACUACUACUGGGAAGUCUUCUAAAACUCUACUUGGCUCAGGAAGAAGAGAAACAAGGAGGCCAAGGGAAUAUGAGGAGGAGGAGGAGGAGGAGGAGGAGGAGGAGGAGGAGGAGGAGGAGGAGGAGGAGGAGGAGGAGGAAGAGAAGGAGGAGGAGGAGGAGGAUACACGACACAGCAUCCCGCACAGCGACACAGCAUUCCGGCACAGCGACACAGCAUCCAGCCACAGCCACAGACACUCCCACUACUCAGACCAUUCUACAGUCCCUGCUACUCCACACAGCACCACAGAGCUCCACACAGCUCCACACAGCCCCACACAGCUCCACACAGGUCCACACAGGUCCACACAGCCCCACACUGCUCCACACAGCACCACACACCUCCACACAGCCCCACACAGCUCCAUACAGAUCCACACAGCCCCACACAGCCCCACACAGCUAUACACAGGUCCACACAGCUCCACACAGCUCCACACAGCUCUACACAGCUUCACACAGCUCCACACAGCCCCACACAGCUCCACACAGCCCCACACAGCUCUUCACAGCUCCACACAGCUCCACACAGCCCAACACAGCUCCACACAGCCCCACACAGCUCCACACAGCUCUACACAGCUCCACACAGCUCCACACAGGUCUACACAGCUCCACACAGGUCUACACAACCCCACACAGCUCCACACAGCUCCACACAGACCCACACAGCUCUACACAGGUUCACAAAGCUCCACACAGCUUCACAAAGCCCCACACAGCUCCACACAGCCCCACACUGCUCCACACAGCCCCACACAGCUCCACACAGCUCCACACAGCCCCAUACAGCUCCACCCAGCCCCACACAGCUUCACACAGCCCCACACAGCUCCACACAGCCCCACACAGCUCCACACAGCCCCACACAGCUCCACACAGCCCCACACAGCUCCACACAGGUCUACACAGGUUCACACAGCUCCACACAGGUCCGCACAGCCCCACACAGGUCCACACAGCUCCACACUGGUCCACACAGCCCCACACAGCUCCACACAGCCCCACCACACAGCCCCAUACAGCUCCACCCAGCCCCACACAGCUUCACACAGCCCCACACAGGUCCACACAGCCCCACACAGCUCCACACAGGUCUACACAGCUCCACACAGCCUCACACAGCUCUACACAGCUCCACACAGCUCCACACAGCCCCACACAGCCCCACACAGCUCCACACAGCUCUACACAGCUCACACAGCACACAGCUCCACACAGCUCCACACACUCCACACAGCCACACAGCCCCACAGCCCACACAGCUCCACACAGCUCCACAGCUCCACAAAGCCCCACACAGCUCCACACAGCCUCACACAGCUCCACACAGCUCCACACAGCCCCACACAGCUCCACACAGGUCCACACAGGUCCACACAGCUCCACACAGCCCCACACUGCUCCACACAGCACCACACAGGUCCACACAGCUCCACACAGCUCCACACAGGUCUACACAGCCCCACACAGCUCCACACAGCCCCAAACAGCCCCACACAACCCCACACAGCUCCACACAGCCCCACACAGCUCCACACAGGUCGACACAGCCCCACACAGCUUCACACAGCUUCACACAGCUCUACACAGCUCCACACAGCCCCACACAGCUCCACACAGCUCUACACAGCCCCACACAGCUCCACACAGCUCCACACAGCUUCACACAGCCCCACACAGGCCCACACAGCUCCACACAGCUUCACACAGCUCCACACAGCACCACACAGCUCCACACAGCACCACACAGCUCCACACAGCCCCACGUAG